GAGCCGUGCUGUCCAGCCAGUGCCGGUUCUGGUCCUGCUGCCGCCGUCAUGAGGAGCCGGAGCAACUCGGGCGUGCGUCUGGACGGCUACGGGCGCCUGGUGCAGCAGACUAUCCUCCGCCACCAGGACGCGGUGACGGGGCUGCUCCCCGCUAGCGCCGACUACCAGGACGCCUGGGUCCGGGACAACGUGUACAGCAUCCUGGCGGUGUGGGGCCUUGGCCUGGCCUACCGCAAGAAUGCCGACCGCGACGAGGACAAGGCCAAGGCCUACGAGCUGGAGCAGAGCGUGGUGAAGCUGAUGCGAGGGCUGCUCCAGUGCAUGAUGAGACAGGUGGACAAGGUAGAGGCCUUCAAGUACAGUCAGAGCACCAGGGACUGUCUGCAUGCCAAGUAUAACACCCACACCUGUGCCACUGUGGUAGGAGACCACGAGUGGGGUCACCUACAGAUGGAUGCUACCUCCCUCUACCUCCUCAUGCUUGCACAAAUGACGGCCUCAGGCCUCCACAUAAUUCACAGCUUGGAUGAAGUCAAUUUUAUCCAGAACCUUGUAUUCUACAUUGAAGCUGCCUACAAAACUGCGGACUUUGGCAUAUGGGAGCGUGGGGACAAGACAAACCAGGGCAUCACAGAGUUGAAUGCCAGUUCUGUCGGCAUGGCCAAGGCUGCCCUGGAGGCACUGGAUGAGCUGGAUCUCUUUGGAGCCAAGGGAGGCCCACAGUCAGUGAUACGGGUGCUGUCCGAUGAGGUGCAGCACUGCCAGUCCAUCCUCCACUCAAUGCUGCCCAGGGCCUCCACAUCCAAGGAGGUGGAUGCCAGUGUGCUCUCUGUCAUCUCCUACCCAGCUUUUGCUGUGGAGGACAGUGAGCUGGUGGAAAUAACCAAGCAGGAGAUUAUCACCAAGCUGCAGGGGCGGUAUGGCUGCUGUCGGUUCCUCCGGGAUGGAUACAGGACUCCCAAAGAGGACCCCAAACGCCUCUACUAUGAACCUGCUGAGCUGAAGCUGUUUGAGAACAUUGAGUGUGAGUGGCCUCUCUUCUGGGCAUACUUGAUGAUUGAUGGGAUUUUCAGUGGAAACGUGGAACAGGUGCAGGAGUACCGGGAAGCCCUUGAGGGGGUUCUCAUCAAGGGGAAGAAUGGGGUACGCCUGCUGCCAGAGCUGUACAGUGUCCCACCAGAUAAGGUGGAUGAAGAAUACAGGAAUCCACACACUGUGGACAGGAUACCCAUGGGCAAGCUGCCACACAUGUGGGGACAGUCCCUCUACAUCCUGGGUUGUCUGAUGGCCGAGGGGUUUCUAGCUCCUGGUGAAAUAGAUCCCCUCAACCGCCGUUUCGCGACUGUCCCUAAACCUGAUGUGGUGGUCCAAGUGUGUAUCCUGGCUGAAACAGAGGGGAUCAAGGCAAUCCUGCAGAAGGAGGGCAUUGACGUGGAAACUGUGGCGGACGUCUACCCCAUUAGAGUGCAGCCUGCUCGCAUCCUCAGCCACAUCUAUGCCCGGCUGGGCCGCAACAAGCAGAUGUGCCUUACUGGACGGCCCUACCGGCAUAUGGGUGUCCUUGGGACCUCCAAGCUCUACAAAAUCAGGAAGAGCAUCUUUACCUUUACCCCACAGUUCAUAGACCAGCAGCAGUUCUACCUGGCUCUUGACAACAAGAUGAUUGUGGAGAUGCUGAGGACGGACCUCUCCUACCUCUGCAGCCGCUGGAGGAUGACUGGGCGACCAACCAUCACCUUCCCCAUCUCCCACACCAUGCUCGAUGAAACCAGCAGCAGUGUGCAUCCCACGGUGCUGGCAAUGCUGCAGAAGCUGCAGGAUGGGUAUUUUGGUGGUGCAAGAAUUCAGACUGGUAAAUUGUCGGAGUUCCUGACAACGUCAUGCCGAACGCACCUCAGCUUUAUGGACCCUGGGCCAGAGGAGGACACUGACGAUGAGGUUGCUCAGUAUCUGGAUCACUUGCUGCAGCACACGACUCCCCAGUCAAACCUGCCUCCUACCACUCAGCGGGGAGGGCUGAGCCGCUUCAGGGCUGCUGUCCACACCACCCGUGACCUCAUGUCCCUGGCAUCUAAGGCCAAGGACCUGCAUGUCCAGAAUGUUGGGAUGUAUGUCCCCAGCAGGAUCUUCCAGGCAUCGCAGCAGUCGGUCAAGCUGCUGAGUUCACCCCACCAGCAUGACUUGGAUAGCAAGAGCCACGCAGUCUACACAGAGAUGAACUUGCCACGUGAUGAGGAUGGCAACGUGGACUGCAAGGCAUUGGUGGACCAGUUGCGCCUCUGCCCCACGCUGCAGGAGCAAGCAGACAUCCUUUACAUGCUCCACAUCCUCAAGGGACCUGAGUGGCACACGGGGCUCGAUAGUGAGCCUGGCCCCACCGUCAGAGAGCUCCUCACUGAGCUGUAUGUGCGGGUGGGGGAGACACGCCAGUGGGCCCUGAUCCGCUACAUCUCUGGAAUCCUCAAGAAGAAGGUCGAAGCUCUGGAUGAGGCCUGUACUGACCUCCUGUCUCACCAGAAACACUUGACAGUGGGGCUGCCCCCAGAGCCACGUGAGAAGACAAUCUCCACCCCAAUCCCCUAUGAGGAACUUGUUCGCCUUAUUGAUGAAGCCAGUGAGAAGAACCUCAGUGUGUCCGUCCUCACCCAGGAGAUCAUGGUGUACUUGGCCAUGUACAUACGCACACAGCCUGCGCUGUUUGCUGAGAUGUUCCGCAUCCGCAUUGGGCUUAUCAUCCAGGUGAUGGCAACAGAGCUGGCACACUCCCUACAGUGUUCAGCUGAAGAAGCCACAGAGAACCUGAUGAAUCUCAGCCCUUCAGACAUGAAGAGCCUCCUCUACCACAUCCUCUCUGGCAAGGAGUUUGGGGUGGAAAAGAGCGUGCGUUCAGUGGACUCGUCGCUCACCACUGCUGUCUCCAUCUGUGACAUGGGAGCUGUCGGGGCCUCCAAGCCUGAGCGCACUGGCCUUGUCAGGCUGAAAAGUGAAAUCAAACAGCAAUUGGAUAAACGUAGGCAGAGUCUGCCUGGGAGUAAGCCGCUCAGUUUGCAGUCCAGGGACACCGACCUGAAGUCCUUUCUGUCUGCUGGGCACACAGAGCUGCUGGGCAAGGACUCCUUUUCAAGCAUGCUAGAAGACCAGGGCAGUAAGGACAGCCGGCAGGGCCAGUGGCAGCGGAGGCGCCGGCUGGAUGGGGCCCUUAACCGUGUCCCUGUGGGCUUCUAUCAGAAGGUCUGGAAGGUCCUGCAGAAGUGCCAUGGCCUCUCUGUGGAGGGCUUUGUUCUUCCCUCCUCGACAACCAGAGAGAUGACCCCAGGGGAAAUGAAGUUUGCUGUGCAUGUGGAGUCUGUCCUCAACCGUGUGCCCCAGCCAGAGUACAGGCAGCUCCUGGUGGAAGCUAUCUUAGUGCUCACCAUGCUUGUGGACAUGGAGGUGCACACCAUUGGUGGCAUCAUAGCUGUGGAAAAGAUCUUGCACAUAGCCAAUGACCUCUUCUAUGAGGAGCAGAAAGCCCUGGGCGCUGAUGAGCACAUGCUGGAGAGGGAUCCUUCAACAGGCAUCUGCAGCCUGCUGUAUGACAGUGCACCGAGUGGCCGCUUUGGCACCAUGACCUACCUGUCCAAGUCGGUGGCCUUGUACGUGUAUGACUUUCUGCCCAUAGAUGGCUGCUCCAUGCAGUAGCUCUUGCAGUUCCUCACUGGGUUGUACAUGCUCUGGGAUGGUUGUUUCAUACAGCUUGUAAAGAAGAACACUAGGUUAGUUUGCAAGGCAGCCUGCGUGGCCAUCUCUCCUCCCAGCCCUUGCCCCUUGGUGGGUGAGCAGCCCUCUGAGGAACUCCACAGGAGGCAUGUGUCCUAAACUGAAGUGUGCCUGUGUGGCCUGUGGAGCAAGGGAAAGGCUGAGCUUUGAUGCGUGCUUGUGUUAGAAGGUUCUUCUGCGUGACUCCUCCAGAACCAUUACCCCUGGAAAGACCUCUGAGGGAGUUGGAAAGAGUCCCCAUACCAGAUCUGUGUGCUCAGCAUUACAAUGCUCUCUGACCAGCUCACACUCUCCCUGCCUCCAGCAGGUUUGCAGUUUUUAACGUCUUCUGUGCUGCUUUUUAUUCUAAAUCUGGCACGAUUAAUGCUAGUGUAGGCUGGGGUUCUUGUUCUUCCUGCUGCUGAAGAAAAAGUUUUGAGAGAAAAAUAGGGGAUGGUGCCUGAGCCUUUCUCCCAGCACAUCCAAAAUCAAUAUGCUCCAGCGCAGCCACAGCUGUGCUGCUUGGAAGCAGGCAGCCCAUUAUCCCCCACCGGGUGUCCUGUGUGCAGAGCUGGGGAGGCUCUGGUAGCCAGGAUCUCUUUUACCUCCAAGCUGCUAGUACAGGGCUUCUGGCUGGCUGGGACAUGCCACUCUAUCCCUGACAGCAGUGCUAGUGGCCAAGUCACUGGUUCCUGAGUUCUCAUGCCCUGUGAAACAGCUCUGAGAUGGUUUCUUGGUGUUACCUGUCUCCUGAGCUGGCAGGGUGACAGUGCCCAUGCCAUGUGCCAACACUGCGCUCUGCCCAUGCAGCCUGUGGUGCUGAUGUGUGUGAGUGUAGGGGUGGCCACCAGGCAAAAAAUUGGCUGCUCCACUGUGGAUAAGGCUGGCUUCAGAGCCAGAUGUUCUCCUCUGUGUGUGCCUGUGUUUUCUGAUGUCCAGGUUAGUUUGGCCUCAAAGCCAGGUGGUCUCUUGGGGCAGCAGCUCUUCUGUACAUGUGGCUGUAUGGAAGAUCAUGCUAUGAAAAGGAAAGGAGACAGAGGAGUCUUGCAGCUUUAUUGAAAUAAAGGGAGAGAGUCCACUGGCACAUCAUCCCGGGAGAUAUUCUCUCUCGAGGUUUCAGAGAGCACAUCUCCUUUUAUCCUAAACUCCCAGCCACGUGUUGCCCUCAUCCUUACCCCAUUGCCUGAGAUACUAGGAAGGUACAGCCUUCCUGAACCGCCUACCGCAUAUUCUCCCCUUGAGCCUCUCCUUUCCCCCCAGAGUUCAGAAACUCAGGCUUGUGUGGACUCAUUUGUCUGUUUCAGUGGGAAGAAACAUUAAGACUCAUUUCUAAGACUUUAACACGCAUAUUCUCACCCAUGGAAUUGUUUGUGAAGACAUUAGCACACAUCUUUCCUGUAAUGGCUAAUCCCUCCCUGUGUGACCCCUGCUCCCGUCAGGGGAGCCUUGAAGGACCCGAUUUCUGCGCGUUGCGUCCCUCUGACCCGAGGGACCCGGUGCGGGCUGCGGGGGCUCGGGGCAGCCGGGCACCUCCUGAGCUGCAGCUCCUCAAGCAGGGCGGGCGCCGCCUGGGGGGCUGCGGGCAGGCCACGGGCCUUUCAAAAUUAUAUUCUUAGAGAAUAAACACCACCCCGAGCUGCGUGGGGGCCCCAAUAAAAAUGUCUCUAACAG